UCAUAAUUUAUGUCAUUCCGCUUGUUUUUCUUUUCAGUUCCCUUUGCACUUUCUUUCUCUUUACUUUUUUUGACUUUUCUUUUCACGACUCUCUUAUUUCUUAAUUAAUAUCAAUCAAGAUGGUAGCACAGACUUCCACCACCUUUUACCAGUAGCUGAUUAACUAUUUCUUUGCUCCAUACGUAUCUGAUACCAGGUUUUAUAGUUAGCAAGGAAUUUUGCUUCUUCUUAUCUGCUCUAGGCCUUCCUUUCUUCACCGUUUUUUUUUCGCUGAUCGAGGUCCUGCAGAAGUGUUAGCCUGUCAAAGCAGAACCGCAAACGCCAACAAUUAUGGCAGACAGCAGGGAAACAUCUAAUAAAAAAAGAUGGAACUUACAACGAGAUUGCACUUCGCUUUAAGUCUGCAUUGCAACUGCCGUGAAAAUGGCACCAAGACCAUAACAAUUGAAUUGACUCAUAAUAAUUUAGGGUUCUAUGGUUACCAAGUUUACUUCUUGAUAUCGGCCAGCCAUUUUUUCCUUCACCGUUGGAGGUCUUGCAGAAGUAUCAAGCUACCAAGGGGGUUCAAAUUAGUGGGUGUAUUACGCUAUUUUUUGAGAUAAACGGAACUAUUUCAAACCCUGCAAGUUAUCGUGUUAUCUUCCUCCUACUCCAUGUUGACUCCGUCUUCUUCAUCAUCUUCUUCCAUUUAUCCAUGGAAAUACGACAUUUUCUUGAGUUUUAGUGGUAAAGAUACCCGAAAGAGCUUCACGGACCAUCUAUAUGCUGCUUUAAAGCGGUACAAAAUCAACACUUUCAGGGAUGAUAACAACCUUAAAAGAGGCGAGGAGAUCGCACCCGAGCUCUUGAAAGCAAUUGGAGAAUCAUGGGGUUCGAUAAUCGUUUUUUCGGAAGAAUAUGCUUCUUCAAGUUGGUGUUUAGAUGAGCUUGCCGAGAUUGUGAAACAGAGGAAGGAAAGGGGACAUCAAGUUUUUCCAAUUUUCUAUGAUGUUGAAGUCUCCGAUUUAAGACAUCAAAGAGAGAAGGUUCAAGAAGCCUUUGCCAUGCAUGAAGAGAGAUAUAAAGAGAACAAAGAUAAGACGCAAAGGUGGCGAGAUGCUUUAUCCCAAGUGGCUAAUAUCAGUGGCUGGCCUUUAAAAGAUCAGUAUGAAUCGAAUUUCAUUGAAAAUAUUGUUGAAGAGAUAUCAGCAAAAUUAGAUGCCAAAAAAAUUGUACUCGAUCAGAAUUUAACUAUCCUGAUGAGAAAAUUGGAGGAACUAAAUGGCCUGAAGGAGGACAAUGAAUCAAUGAAGAGUGUACAGCUGCAACCAAGAAAGAAACUCAAGAAAGAAGUUGAGAUUUGGCUUCGAAAUGUUGAAAGGAUUAAUGGUGAAAUACUGAAUCUUGAAAACGAAGUUAGAGGAAGCAAUAUUGUCUCGCGUGGAUUCCUUGUAGAAACCGUUUCAAAAAAGAUACAAGAAGUUGAAGAACUUCAUCAAAAAGGGAAGAUCUUUGAUGCUUUGGUGAUUGACGAGCCUCAGUGGAUUGGACAAGUUUUGUCAACAACAAAAUUAAUUGGUGAUGUUGCAAAAGAAGUUAUGAAUGAAAUUUGGGCAUAUUUGAUGGAUGAUGGUGUUUCAAAGAUUGGAGUUUGGGGAAUGGGAGGUGUAGGUAAAACAACUGUCAUGAAGCUCAUAAACAACCAACUUUUAAAAGAGACUGAAAAAUUCAACAGGGUGAUAUGGAUCACUGUAUCAAAGGAGUUGAAAAUCUCUAAAUUACAAGACGGCAUUGCAAAAGCAAUGCAAGAAUCCCUUCCUGAAGUUGAAGAUGAAGCAAUAAGAGCAGGGGUCUUAAACGAAAUGUUGUCUCAAAAAGGCAAGUAUGUGUUAAUCUUGGAUGAUCUAUGGGACAAAGUUUCUCUUGAAGACGUAGGCAUCCCCGAGCCUUCUAACGGGAGUAAAUUGUUGGUGACAUCUCGGUUGUUAGAGGUGUGCCGCUAUUUGGGUUGUCAAGAAGUUAGAAUGGGUAUUCUUUCAAAACCAGAUGCAUGGAGCCUAUUCUCGCAAAAAGUAGGUCAAGAUGUUUUGAAUGAGCCACAGCUAUUGCCCAUUGUGGAAUCUGUAGCUGAAGAAUGUGCUGGUUUGCCCUUGGCUAUUGUUACAAUAGCAAGCAGCAUGAAGGGUGAACGGCACAUUCAUGAGUGGAGGAAUGCACUCCAUGAAUUAGUUACACAUGAAGAAAGUGUAAGUGGGUUGGAAGGGAAGGUGUUUCAACAGCUUCAGUUCAGCUAUGAUCGUUUACACAGUGAAAAAUUGAAGCAUUGUUUCCUCUGUUGUGCAUUAUAUCCUGAGGAUCAUGAAAUCUUGGCAUUUGACCUAAUAGAUCUAUGGAUUGCAGAGGGGCUUGUGGAAGAAAUGGAUAGCAGGCAAUUGGAGGUUGACAAGGGGCAUGCCAUAUUGAAUAAACUAAAAAACAGUUGCUUGAUUGAAAACGGUACCAGAUAUCCAGAUCGUUUUGUGAAAAUGCAUGACAUUUUGAGGGAUAUGGCAUUACGUAUCACAAGUACAAGACCACGGUUCUUGGUGAGAGCUGGAUUGCGGCUGAAAGAGAUACCAAAGGCGCAAGAAUGGAAAGAAGAUUUGGAGAAGGUAUCUUUGAUGGUGAAUUACCAAUUACGAAUUCCAUGCCAAAUUUCACCACCAAGGUGUCCAAAGCUCACAACCUUAUUGUUGUCCUGUUGCGAUGUAAAGAGUAUUCCAGAGUGUUUCUUUGAGCAAAUGCAUGGACUCAAGAUUCUUGAUCUUUCUGGGAAUCAUUUUCAGAGUUUGCCAAAUUCCAUCUCCAAUUUGGAAAAUCUCACUACAUUGUUGCUUGAUGAGUGUCGCGAUUUAGAGGAGGUGCCAUCUUUUUCGGGACUUCAAUCUUUAAAGAAGUUGGACCUUCGACAUACAAAAAUCAAGGAUCUCCCUCAUGGGUUCGAAAGGCUGGUAAAUCUCAAAUAUCUUGAUUUGAGUUGUACGAAUAUAACAGAGGUGGCCGAUGGAAUAUUGGCAAAUUUCACAUCACUUCAGCACUUGGCAAUAAUGAAUUUUAACAUUGCAACUUACAGAUUCAAGGGAAAAGAAGCAGUUAACAGAUUCGUGAGAGGAGAGGAAAUAGGUCGAUUAAGGAAGUUGGAAUACUUUGAAGGGGGAUUUUAUGACUUGAAUGAGUGCAACAAUUAUAUCAAAGCUUUGCAUGCUCCAACAGAAGGGCCUCGUCAAUACUGCAUUUUUGCCGGUGAAGCACCAAUGCUUACCCUGUGGCAAAAAGGAAUUCAAUUAAUUAGAUGUAACAUCUGCAGAGACGGGAUUAAGGUCCUAUCUGAUGUUGAGAACUUGCUAAUUGGGGAAUGCAUUAUCGAUUUGUGUGAAGAAGAGGCAUUUUCCUCGCGAUUAAUCUUACCGCCACAUAAUGUUUUUUCCUCUCUCUCUCAAAUUCGCAUACAUUGUUGUCAAAAUAUAAAGAAGUUGUUCUCGUUCAAUUGGGUCUUGCAGAACCUCCAAAAUUUGAAGUACUUAUGGGUUUCAGAUUGCAGGGAUAUGGAAGAAAUAAUAGCACCAGAAUCAGAAUCGGAGGAAGAAGUAAUAAGUGCCAUCAAUUUUACUCUUCCCAAAUUAAGCUCAUUGCAUUUGGAGAAUCUACCAGAAUUGAAGAGCAUUUGUAGUGCAAAUGGAGUAAUGGUUUGUGAUUCUAUUGAGGAGAUUACUAUAACACAUUGUCCAAAAUUGAAGAGGCUACCUCUUUAUCUUCCCCUGCAUGACGAUGGCCAACCAUCUCCCCCUCCUUCUCUAAGAAGUAUUGAAAUUGAAGAGCAGCAGUGGGAAUUGCUUGAGUGGGACCAGCCAAAUGCCAAGUCUCUGUUGGAGCCUUACCUUAAGUAGCGAUAGUUACAUGUUCGUUGAAAUGUCUGACCAUUACAGCGUUCACUGUAACUUUUAUUUUUCUGUUGAGACAGGAGGAAAUUACGCCUGACCAUAAUGUUUUCCUGGAGAUCUUAGCACGUUAAGGAUUAUUUGGCGGCAGCUCACACUUUGAUGUUCGGAACUCCCUUGAUGCAUGUUCUUUUCAAGUCUUCUGUUUCUACCCUUCUUGUUGACGUUUUAGAGGUUUCAGAGAAUUUAGGUAAGCAUGAACAAUUUUGGCCAAACCCUUUUAAUUGGUUGAUCCUUGUGCUCAGGUCAAAUAUUAAUUUUCUGCUUUUGUGUGGAUCUAUGACAAAUUUGUUCCAUAGAUUUCAUACAAUUAUUGUGUCAGGGUCCGGUUUGAUAUAUUUUCUUGGUGUUGUUACGAUUAUGGGGAUGGUUAACAUUGGGGGUCUUCAACCUUUUGUUGAUAUUAUGAUUCCAGUUCUUAGUAUGGCUAGAAAUUUUCAAUUUCAUAUGAAUGAUUUUGAUCACAAAACUGAAUUUGAAUAUCACCCAUAUUACAAUUUCAUGAAUAGGAUAUUACACUGAACUUGCAUAAAAAUUGAUUGCAUUACAAUCUAUUUGCAGCUCUCCUCUGUCUAGAUUUUUUCGCUAAUUGAUCUUGAAGAGCUCAAAAAUUGGACUCCUUCUUUAUUUGCCUUUAUUGGUUGUUAUCCUUCCAUGAAUAGAAUUCUUUUCCGCGUGUUAGGAUUGAAUUCAGAACCAUCUUUGAUAAAAGAAUUUUUUUCUCAAAAAAUUCUUCAUCAAGCUUUGUACGGAAUUCCUUGUAAGGCCUUUUUUUUUUUUGUCCUAUUUCAUGAUAUGCCUUUGACUCCAGCCUUUUGGUUAGAAGCACAACGGAAGUAAGCUGUUGGAUUAAAUGCUGUACAAGUUUACAGUUACAGGUCCUUCAUUUCAUCACUUGUAUAUCACUCAGUCUCAUUUAUUUCUUACUAUUUUUUCCCUUUCCUACAUAUUAAUUUCAAGCUUUUCUGUCUGUCUUUCCCUAGAAGUGAGAGAUAAUUUGUCAGCAACUUAAUGCUGCUAGAAAAUAGAAGGAAAUAGUGGCUUCUCACGUUCUCAAUUGUAACCAUUUGCCAUUGUACACUCCCCUAAAUUCCCUGUCAAGUCAGAAUGGCUGAUGAAGACCCUUGUGACCAUUUCUUCGUUUUUUUGAAAGCAAGACCAAUUUAAGCUGUAGAAUAGAAGGCUUAGGCAUAGUUAUACCAUAUCAUUUCAACAAAUUGUUCCAAAUUUUAAGACCGUGGCUAAGAAGAUGAAAAGGGAAAUUGCUUACUCUGGGGGUGAAGGUAGAAUUGUAAAUUUCACUCCUUUGCAGAGCACCAGUGUUCUAAAUUUUCUUAAAUCAUCUUCACCGUGGAAUUGCCAAGGUUUCCUAGUGUAAUAUUUGUUGGCUCUGUACUUUUUGUCUGUCUGUUUUGUACUUUGUUUCUUGUCUGUUAAUAGAAACAUGUCAAGAAUUUCUCUUCGUAUUUAAUCAUUGAGAACAUGGCAGAUUCUGUUACCCUUAAUUCUGCUGCAAAGUUAGUUGAUUGUAUUUCCUUUACCCAAAAUUUUUGAAAUACGUGUAUUUAAUUUCGUGUAAAGCUUAUAUUUCCACCAAGGAGAGCAAUAUUUAUGUUUUCUGGUCUUGGAUAUCGAGAUCCUGUCAAAAGGCUGGUUAGAUAGCCAAUGUUAGUUAAGUCAGCAAAGUAUUGAGAGGAAGAACGUAGGCAGGAG